UCCAACUUCUAACGUUAGAUAUGAACAUUAAGCUGCUUUACAAUGAUUUACCCAUUUAGAGCAAAUUUUUUUUUACAUGAGCUAUUCAGCGUAAGUGCCUUGCUUGUAUAACAGCAGAAGUGGGGAUUUUUGAACUCCGACCACUCAACUGCAAGGUAACAGUUCUAACCAGUACACUGCCUACAGCUCCAAAGUGUGGAAAAACGACACAGAAGGGCCAGCACUACAUUUAGGAGGUUCCCAGUGAUGCUCUGCUGAUGGAGUCUCCUGCUUGUACCUGAUGACUGCGGAACAUUGGCCCCAUGCUAACGCACCAAUUUACAGGAGGCCAGCUGCCAUGCCCCUGUCAUCUCCAGUGUAUUUUUCCUCCCUGAUGUCCUGGCUAUGGGCCCCUGGACUGUCACCGAAAACAAAAUCAAGCCAAAUGUGCAAGAGGUUUUUGUAUGCAAUGAACACCCAGGUCUACAGCCACAGCCGCCUGCUGGUGCUGGUGCUGAUGCCCCCUCUUCUCCUGUCCCUCCUAGCUCUCCUGCUGGAACAUCUAUAAUUUGUGACAAUACAGCCACUUAAAGAGACACUGGAGUCCAUCCUCAUCAACAUCACGGGAGGAAAGAGUGCAGCAAACCAAAGGAGAAAUGAGCGGAGAGAUGCGUACGUGUAGGACGUGAUGUCUGGAACCGCAACCUGACCAUGCAGGAUGGGGAUCUGGAGAGGCAGCUGGCCACCAAAGAGAAGGAGUACAAGGAGCUGCAGUCCCUGCGCACCCAGCAGCUGGAAGGGGCAUUGCGAGAUGCCCAGGCUCAGCUCUCUGCAGAGAGGGCCCGCUUUCUGCAGCUCAGGGAGGACUUCCAGUUCAACCUGCGAGUGCUGGAGGAGCGCGACCGGGAGCUGGAGCGUUACGACGCCGUGGCUGCCCACCUCCAGGUUGCAGAGAGUGCUGGGCAGGCAGAGGCCAGCGAGCUGCGCAUCCAGAUCGACAAGCUGCGGCAGGCGCUGGUCGCUGAGGCCCAGAGGCGUGAGGAGCUGCGGAGGGAACACAAGCAGAGGCUUGCAGAGCACCGGCUGCAGCUGGAGAGGGUGCACAGUGUGAAGGAGCGUGAGAUUGAGAAGCACAGAGAGGAGUAUGAAGCCCUGAAGCGGGAGCUGGAGCGCAGGAUCCAGGAGGUAGAAGGGGAGUUAGCCCUGCAGAAGCAGGAACUUAUAUCUGAGUUUGAUACUGAGCUAAAACGCCGGGAGCACGAGUUCAACCUGAGGAGGGAUGAAAUGAGCAAUACUAUCCUCUCCCUUGAGCUUAAGGUGAAGCUACUGAACAAGGAAUUGGAGGUGCACAGCCAAGUAGCGGACACCCUGCAGGCUUCCGAGGAACUGUACAGUGAGGCUCAGAAGGAGAUCAAGCGCAGAGAGUGGGAGAUCAAGGACAUUUCUGCUGUCAAGGAUGCCCGAAUAAAGGAGCUUGAAGACAAACUAAGUUUGAUGGAGGCCUGUCAUAUAAAGGAGGAGGAAAUCUACAACAGAAAGCACGAAGAGUUGGACCGCCGUGUACGGGAACGGGAAUCUGCCUUGGAGGCCUUGAGGGAAGUGCACAGCCAGCAGCUCCGCCAGUCUGAGGCCCAGAGUCGGGAGCUGCAGGUGCAGCUGGACACCCUGCAAUCAGACAAGCGCAGAAUGGAGUUGAGCCACGCAGACUCUUUAAGAGUGAAAGAGGAGCAGCUAGAGAAGCUGCGUACAGAGCUGGAGACCACUCGAACUGGCUGGGACACUUACAUCCAGCAGGUCUCAAGGGAAACUGUCUCCAGGGAUGUGGAACUGCACUCGCAUAGUGAGCGGGAGGCCAAGCUGAGGGCUGAGUUGCAGAGGUACCGGGAAGACAUAGAAAGACACAGGGAACAGCUGGCCAGUGCGGUGAAAAGGGAGCAGGCACUGGAGCAGGCUCGUGCACAGGCUGAGCUGGACUGGCAGCGGCGCUGUGAGGAUGCCCAGGCUGCCCACUUCCGUCGUAGUGAAGAAAUCAUCUGCAGUCUGACACAGGCCAGAGACCAGGCCACGGCUGAGCUACGUGAGAAGGAGCGAGAACUGGGGGACAUGGCUGCUUUACUGCGCAGUGUGACAAUGGAGAGAGACCAGGCUCUACAGAAAAUGCAGGGCCUCGCUGGCAGAGAUAUAACAGGUCUUGGGACCGCUUCCAGUUUCCCAUCUGAAGAGAUUGAGCGCCUACAGCAGCAGAACAGCAACCUGCGCAGUGCCAUUGCAGUGAUGAGAAAGGAUAUGGAAAGUCUGAGUGCACAGCUUUCUGCAGGCCCAACUGGUCCUCCUUCCCUGCCUGUUACAGCAGAAAUGCCUAACCCAGGCAGUGCUGAAGCCAACACAGAGUACUGUCAUGCACUAGAGAAGGAGGUGAGGGAGCUGAAGGCCCGUAGCAGACACCUGGAGGAGCAGCUGGAAGAGGCUCUCAAGGCCCCCAGUGUCCUUGUGGCCCCUGGUCCAGUUCCAAGUCCUACUGCUACUCUCCCUGUCUCUGCUGACAAUGCAUAUCUCAAAAAUCACAUCUGCUGCCUCAAUGAAACCAUUGGUAGGCUGCGAGCAGAAAAGGUGUCCAUUGCUGCCACUUUGAGGAAACGGGAAGUGAGGGUGGCACAUCUGGAGUCCUCUCUGGGCCAGCUUAUACAGCAGUUGCAUGCAAAACACGUGGAUAGCGAUGAACUGCGAUUCGAGCUGGCCAAUCUGAGGAAGCGAGGAGCUGCAGAGGAGUCAGGGUUGAGGCAGCGAUUAUCCACUGUGGAAAUGGAGCUGGAAGAAGUAAGGCGGGAGGCUGAGGAGUACCAGAAAGGAAGCAUGCUGCAGAACCUGGAAGCUGUGGCCCUCAGCAAUCAAGUCUCUGCACUGAAGCUGGACAUUGCAAGUCGAAGGGAACCCAUUGUGAUUGAAGAGACUGCGGUCCUGCGGCAGCUCCGUGAGGAAAACCUGCACUUGCGGCAGCAGCUUGUGGACCAGGGUAGCGACGGCUACAGCAGCAAGGGACACAGGUCCGGCGACACCCUGCUCCAUUUCAAGCUCCGGCAGGCUGUGCGGUGCAUCUCUCAGCUUGCCCGGGACAAACAGCAGCUCAUUGAAAUGGGCAAUCGACUGCGAGCCCAACUGGCAGAAGCUGGUAUGGAAGCCAAGAAGCAGUUAGGGCCUGAGAACAGACCAGGGCUGUGCCGUGAUACACUUACCCCAGAGAUGCAGCAGAGUCACCUGUCCAUGCUGGAGCAGCUGCAGUACCAGCUCACCACACAAGAGCUACAGUUUGCCCAGCGAGAACCGCCUCAGAAGACCCAUGUAAUAAUGCAGUCACGCCACCCUGACAGUGACACUAGAGACAGACUUGUGGAUAGUGGAGCAGGGAACCACCGCACACAUGAGAGAGGCUGUGAGCAAACCAGAGACGAGAAAGAGAACAUGCUUCCAGAGCUCAGCCAAUUGGGGGCCUCCGUGCCGUUGCAGCCAGCAGCGUGUUGCUCCCUCGACCAAUCUCAUCCGCUGAUGUCAUCCACGGGCACAGACGGCUCCCUGCAGAACAUCUGGCAGAUGCUGGACAAGGGUUCAAGUCCUUCUGUCCUUGUGUCCAGUGACAGUGUUGAAAAAGGUGUGGAAUGUGAGCGGCCCAAAGGAGCCAAGCCCCACCCAAGGGACCUGAGUCCGGACAAGGAGGUAACAAUCAAAGGCACCAAAGUGCCUGUUCAGGAGAGGAAGAAAUCUGCAAAACCAGCUGUGAAACCCAUCUUAAAGGCCCCAAGUGCAAGGAAGGCUGUCAGUGUACGUAACUACAAUAUUAAGGACUGAUGUAUGUCUCAAAAUCUGGUUGGAAAAGUAAAUUGCGUGUCUUCCUCUGACUCAUCUUUUGUAAAGCGCACUUUAACUGUGUCUUGUAUGUCCUUUCUGUGCUAUAUAAUAUCUUCAUUUACUUUUCUAUAUCUUUCCACACUUUUAAAUUGUCCUUAUGACAUGUACAAACAUUUGGCAUCAUGAAUAUUUUGACUGACUGAAGUAUGUUUGCUUGAUUUAAAUAUAUACUGUUGAUAUUGUCUCAAAAUAUAAACUAGAUAAUUAUGCUGAACACCGACCAUCAGAGCUCAGUGUUUUUUAGGUGCUCCAUUUUCUCUUGACAGGUGGUAACAGGCAACAAGCUGUGGUAGUUUUGUCAUUCCUUCAUGUUAAGAUUGACUGUAUCACUCUGAAUGUCUGUAUAAAAUCCAUUACUGACAUUUUGUUUAAUGCAUUAAAUGAACCAUCUGUGUUUGGCUGGUGUGAGGAAAUGGCAUGGUUUAUUUCAGUUUACUUAGACUGUCUCCUCCCAUACCCAUUUGCACUAAAGUAACCCUGCUGUCUGCCUUUCCCAAUUGCAUCAGUAACAGCGGUUGCCGUGGAAACAAGUUCCUCCUAUUCUGAUGUCAUCACAUCACCCUAUCUCCUAGCAACUCCCUUGCAUUCACUGUGAUUGGACGAGCCUACACACCCCCGUACACUGAUUCGCUAAUAUUGUACCUGAUACGAAUAUUGUAGCGGCUGGAGGGCGGUACAAAAUGUGAUUACUACAUCCGCACUUCUCAAAGCCUAAUUUCUUCCGUUGUAUUUGCAAUGCCAAAAUAAGGUUAACUUUACGAAAACACCGUAAAUACUGAGCAGAGAGCGCAAAGACAAAAACAUAACUGCAGUUAAUCAUAUUUGAUUUUAAUGGAUUUUUUUCGCUAUGGGAGUAACGGGUGCUUUUCAAAUGUCAAUUUUUAGUAAUUUAUAAUACUAAAUUUAAAACAAAAUAAUGUUACCAGCCAGUGGUAUGAGCA